AGCUAAACGCACUACGAAAUAAUUUUGAAUAAUCCGUGAACUCUUCGAAGCUUAAAAAUUCAAUGGCGUCACCGGAUAAUGACGUGCUGAUGGUUCCCGCCGGCGAGGGUACUACCGGAGUUGGAACGUCUAAUAAAAAGCCAAAGCGAUUUGAGAUCAAAAAGUGGAACGCUGUUUCUCUCUGGGCUUGGGAUAUUGUGGUAGAUAACUGUGCAAUCUGUAGGAAUCACAUUAUGGAUCUGUGUAUCGAGUGUCAAGCUAAUCAGGCUAGCGCAACAAGUGAGGAAUGCACAGUUGCUUGGGGGGUUUGCAACCAUGCAUUCCACUUCCAUUGCAUUAGUAGGUGGCUCAAGACUCGUCAAGUGUGUCCACUUGAUAACAGCGAGUGGGAGUUUCAGAAGUACGGUCACUAGAAUUUACUGUUGGGGUAACAGUGAACGAGAGGAGUAUCAGAAGUAUGGUCACUACAGUUUUUCUGUCAUCGACGUUGAAAAGAACAAUUCUACUGCCUUCUUAUGUUCCUUUCGUUUUUGCUCUGCAAAUAUCCAAAGCAAUGACUCAAACUAUGCUUUUAAUUGUCGCAUAACUAUUUCAGGUUGCCUCAAAACUCAAAAGAAUGAAAUGUGAUCGGAGACUUGAACCAUAUCUUAUUCGUAAUCAUAUUCAGGAAUCACAAA